CUUGUAGAUAAGGUACUCCCUCCGUAAAGCACUGUAAUCCAAUUAUUAAUUUUCUGCUUCAAAGCAAUUUGAGUCAGUUUAUAUUAGUGAAAGCUUAUGAGCUUAUGACAUAAAAGUUCUAGAUAGGGCACUUUGCAGGUACCAUUAUACAGUUUGCAGUCUAAAGUAUGGAUGAGUCAAGUGUCAAAGAGACUACAACUCAAUCAGGUGUAGAUGAUGGUAGAAUAAAAGAUCUGAAGGCCUUUGAUGAUACAAAAGCAGGGGUUAAAGGACUAGUUGAUGCUGGAGUUACUAGUCUUCCUAAAAUCUUCAUUCGGCCACCGGAUGAGCUUGUUGAGGAGUUGAACCAUGGCCAUUCCCAGGCAAAAGUUCCAGUAAUAGAUCUCAAUGGCAUAGAAAUCGAUGAUCAGCUCAAGAGUAUCGUGGAUGGAUUAAGGCGGGCAUCAGAGGAAUGGGGAUUUUUCCAAGUGGUUAAUCAUGGAAUUCCAUCCAGUGUCUUGGAUGGAAUGAUAGAUGGAACCCGCAAAUUUCAUGAACAAGAUGCAGAGCUGAAGAAAGAGUACUAUUCUCGUGAUCGGAUGAGAAAGGUAAGAUUUGAUAGCAAUAUUGAUCUGUAUCAUUCAAGAUCUGUCAAUUGGAGGGAUACUUUGACCAUCAAUUUGCUGUACUAUAAUCAAAUUGUACCUGAUGAACUGCCUGAGAUUUGCAGAAGUUCAGCAAUGGAUUACAUAAAUCAUGUAACCAAGCUGGCAGAAACACUAUUUGAGUUACUCUCAGAAGCUCUUGGCAUGGAACUCAACAACCUAAGAGCCAUGGAGUGCGCAAGGGGCCGGUCAUUUGUGUGCCACUACUAUCCAGCGUGCCCUGAGCCAGACCUAACUCUGGGAGUUAACAGGCAUACAGAUCCUGCUUUUCUUACCAUUCUUCUACAAGAUCAUAUUGGUGGCCUUCAAUUCUUGCAUGAUAACAAUUGGACAGAUGUGCCUCCAAUCCCAGGAGGUUUGGUAGUCAAUAUUGCAGAUCUUCUUCAGAUUGUAUCGAACGACAAGUUUAAGAGUAGGGAGCACAGAGUGAUUGCAAACAGAAUAGGACCUAGGAUUUCAGUGGCAUGCUUUUUCAUCGGUGUUGCUGUGCCUGAAAAGAUCUAUGGUCCUGCCAAAGAGUUGACAUCAGAUGAAACCCCUGCAGUUUACAGGGAGUUUACAGUUAAAGAAUAUAUAAGUGGCUUAUUCUCAAGGCCAAUUGACAAGUCAGGCCUUGACAAUUUUAAGAUCUGAGCAGCAGUGUCCACAAGAGUUAAAGAAUAAUCUGCACUUCUGUAUCUCCUGCAGCAUUGUUUUGCAAGAGAACAUCACAUUCCUGUUGCUAAUAUGUUGCUUCUUCGUUGAUUAUCAUCAAUGAGAAUAAAUAAGUUACAAAAUUAUGCAGAUUGAGAAA